AUAAUCUCAUCAGUUGGGUUUACUGUAAAAAGCUUUUGCUUUGCUGACAUACAGAUGUGCAUUUGUUUACAUUUAAAGAGUACAUCUAUUAUAAAUUAUUUAUACCAGUUAAACUGUGAUUAAUAGUGUCAUCAUGAGUGACAAAAAUUCUGACAAAUUUUUGUCUCAAGUCGUGAUUCGUCAUUUGCCACCAACCAUGACAGGAGAACAAUUUAUGAAUGAAAUAUCCCCGGUUCCAGCUCACAAUUAUUUCCAUUUUCUUAAAGCUGACUUGAGUCUUGGUCAAUGGGCUUUCACGCGUGCUUGUAUAAAUUUUAUUCGUAAAGAUGACAUAUUCAUAUUCAAAGAUAAAUUUGAUGGCUAUGUAUUCCUUGAUUCCAAUGGAACUGAAUAUCCAGCUACCGUUGAAUUUUCACCUUACCAGAAAACUCCUAGACGUCGGGUAAAUAGCAAAGGUGAACCAUUAACUUGUAAACAAAGGGAUCCUAAGUGUGGUACCAUCGCAGAUGAUCAAGAUUUUAAGAAUUUCAUGGAAAAUUUGAGUACCGCAGAAAGUGAAAAAAAUCCAGCAUCACUUGAGGGUUACUUGGUAGAGAUUGAAGCUCGAGAAAAGGAGUUGAAAGCGAACCAUGGAACUGCUAAAGUCAUCACACCACUAAUCGAAUUUAUUAUCCAAAAAAAGGCUGAAAAGAUGAGGCUCAAAGAGGAGAGACGUGAAGAAAGACGAAAACAAAUAGAACAGAAAAAGGCCGAAGUUCAUAAAAAAGAUGACAAAGUUACUAAAGUCAAGCAAAGAGAUAGAAAGAAUAAAGUAAAAGGUAACAUUUCAGUCGCCAAAAAUGAGAAAAGGAUUAAGGAGAAAGAGAAGGAAAAGGAAAAGGAGAAAGAGAAAGAAAAGGAGAAAGAGAAGGAAAAACCUAAAUUUAAAGAAAUUCAGAAGGAAAAAGAUAAAGAUAAAGACAAAGACAAACCUCCCGAAAGAGAAAGAAAAAGAGAGAGAAAUCAUAAUAAAAAAGAUCGUGAUGGUGAUGACAAGAAUAAACAUGCAACCGGGGCCAGUAAAGAUCCUGGGAAGGAAACUGAUAAAGAUUCCAAAAAGGAUAAAAAUAUUGACAAGAAUAGUUAUUUUGUCGUAACAUAUUCUGGAGAUAAAGGGAAAGAUGGAGCCCGUAGAGGUGAUUCUAGUUCAGGGAAGCAAUCUCAACAACCUGGUGUAUCCAAAAUGGAUACAAGUCAAAAUAAUGAAAUAAAAACAACAAAGAAAGAAAGCGAUUCUUCCAAUGACCAAAUUUCUCCCAAUCAAUCGAAAGCUACCCCAAAAGAAAGUAAAAAAUCUGAUAAUCAGAGAGUCAGAAAUAAAGAUCGACCCGCUUUAGAGAUAUAUCGACCAAGAAGAGCUCGCAAUGCGACGAGUAACUCGAACGGAUCAAAUUCUGAAUCAAAUGAUCGUCCUGAAAAUAAGCCAGAAAGAAACAUGAGAAAAACAAAAGUAUAUACACGAUCGCGUAAUACUGAUUAGGAUUGUUGUAUUUUGGAUUGUUUAUACUUACCGAUAUUAUUUGUAAAUAUGAUAUUAUAGUAUCAAU